GAUUGCUUCAUCAUCUGUUUUUCGAGAUAACACUGUUUAUCCUUUUUGAUAGUACCGCUAGCCUUCUAGACUACGUAUUACCUCAUAUUUUAUUCUUUAGAUGGGUGAAAAGAACGGUAACAGCGAAAAGGGUGGGAAGGAGUUCAACAAAGUUGCAGCAACCCCUCCACCUUUGAACACUGACAAUGUUUUCCUCAAUUGGCUCCAUUACAUAGCUUACGACUUUGUCUUGUACUUCUUCAGUCUCAUCAUCCACACGUUUUUCCGAGACAUUGAGUCUCGAGGGUCCUUCAACAUCCCUAAAAAGGGCCCUGUUGUUUUUGUGAUUGCUCCACAUGCCAAUCAAUUCAUUGAUCCACUCGUGGUGAUGUCCAAGGUCAAGGAGAACUCAGGAAGAAGAAUUGCCUUUUUAAUUGCUGCCAAGUCUUUCCGGAGAAAGUUCAUUGGUGCUGCUGCCAAAUUGACCGGAGCCAUCCCGGUGGAAAGAGCUCAGGAUAAUUUAAAGCUGGCCACGGGCAAAAUCUUUGUUGAUCUUGACAGUGACAACGACGACCAAGGUGCCAGAAUCACCGGAGAGGGCACCCUUUUCACCCAGGAGUGCAUGGUUAAGGGGCUCAUUGGCCUUCCAAACUCGCUUGGGAACGUCCAGGUUGAUCGAAUCGAGUCGGACACCGUUUUAUAUUCUCGUAAACCGUUCAAAAUCAACCGUGAAUCGCCCACGGAGAAGGAUAAGAAGGUGAUUGAGCUCUUAACUGAGGGUACCAGCUACAAGACGGCGCCUCACAUUGAUAAUAACGUUCUUUUCCAUAACGUUUUCAAUCAUUUGAAUGGCGGGAAAAUCUUGGGGAUCUUCCCUGAAGGUGGAUCUCAUGACCGACCAGACUUGCUCCCCUUGAAAGCUGGGGUUGCCAUUAUGGCCUUGGGAGCUGCCACCUCAAAGGACAACUCUGAACCGAUCAAUGUCAUCCCAGUGGGGAUGAAUUACUUUCAUCCACACAAAUUCAGAUCAAGAGCUGUGGUUGAGUUUGGUAGACCAAUUGUUGUUGACAAGGACACUUGGGGGCCCAAGUAUGAAAAGGAUUCAAAGGCCACGGUUAAUGAGCUUUUGCAAACGAUCACCUUGGGGCUCAGCGAAGUCACAGUCACUUGUACCGAUUAUGAUACCUUGAAAACCCUUCAAGCUGCAAGAAGACUCUAUACAUCCACCAAUAGAAACAAUAUCCCACUCCCCAUGGUGUUGGAGAUGAAUAGAAGACUCAUCAAGGGGUAUCAGAAAUAUGCAGACCAUCCCGAUGUCAUCAAGGUCAAGCAAGACGUCAGCCAGUACAACACCCAAUUGAAACGAAUGGGGUUGCAUGACCAUCAGGUGGAAGACCUCCACCAAUCUAACCGUACAAGAGCUCUCGUGAUGUUUGCCGAAAGACUCUUCAAAGUGUGUCUCUUUUGUGGACUUUCCCUUCCAGGAGUGUUUCUUUUCUCGCCCGUUUUCAUUGUCAGUAAACGGAUUUCCAAGAAGAAGGCUGCCGAUGCAUUGGCUGGAUCAGUGGUGAAAAUAAGAGCUAAGGAUGUUUUAGCAACUUGGAAGAUUUUGGUAGCCAUGGUAUGGGCUCCAUGUUUGUAUAUCUUGUAUUCGGUGUUGGGCACUGUAUUCAUUGUGAAGCUGGAUUUGCUCCAUGGUAAGGUCCCCACGAUUGUAAUCUUUUUGGUUUGUUACGGGUGGUCUGUACUCACCACCUAUGCCUCUUUAAGAAUUGGAGAAAUCGGGGUUGACUACUACAAAUCGUUAAAGCCUUUAUUCUAUGCAUUUUUGAGCAGUAAUUCCGAUAUCAUGCAAUUGAAAGAAUUGAGAGAUAGAAGAAGAGUUUUGGCUAAUGAAGUGACUGAAUUUUGUGAAAAAUAUGGACCGGGGAUUUUCAAAGAUUACGAUCAAUUUUACCGGGACUACAAUGAAAUUAAAGAGGAUGAUUACACCAGUGAUAGUGAAGAAUCAGAAGAUCCUAAGACCAACCAAGGUGUAUUAAAUGGAGGGUUAUCGAAUUUUAAUCUUAACGAUUUAGCAGACAUCCCUAUCUUCUCCAAUCAUGGAGAUGGUGAAGAUGAAUCUGAAUCUGAAUCUGAUAAAGAAGAUGAACAAGAACGCAAUUUAAAGGAAUCUUCACAAGUGGUGGAUGAAUCUCAAAUUCGUAGAAGAAGGGUAUCCAAGAAGUAAGUGCACUGCCCCCACGACGCUCCGCUGGCCCCUGCUCGGGGAGAGCCACUGCGUGGUGCUUAGCUCCUCUACGAGGAGGGGCAGGGGGGCUGUGCACGUGACUGA